UUGCAGUCCCUCCACUAGUCUCUUCCGCCUCAUAUCAGUUGUCUGUCCUCUGUGUCCCAUGACGGCGAAUAACUAAUCCUCCAACACCGUCUGGCGUCAUUUACCGACACAUUUAUUACGAACAAGAUGAGUGAAGCUGUCGACACCACGACGCUGUGUCUCUUCGAUGUGGACGGGACGCUGACUGCCGCCCGACAGAGGGUGACUCCCGGGAUGGAGGACUUUCUGCAGCGUCUGCGGCGGCGUGUUCGAGUCGGCGUGGUGGGGGGGUCGGACUUCAUCAAGAUCAAAGAACAACUGGGAGAUGAUGUGGUCGAGAAGGUGGACUAUCUGUUUGCUGAAAACGGAUUGGUGGCCUAUCAGAAUGGACAGCUGGUAGCAAUACAGAGUAUCCAGGCGUACAUGGGGGAGGAUCUUCUUCAAGACUUCAUCAACUUCUGUCUCAACUACCUGGCCAAGAUUACACUACCCAGGAAGAGGGGGACGUUUAUAGAGUUCCGUAAUGGAAUGUUGAACGUGUCACCGGUCGGGCGGAGCUGUAGUCAGGAGGAGAGGAUAGAGUUCUACCAGCUGGACCAGAAAGAACGAAUCAGAGAGAAGUUUGUUGCCGUUCUUCAAGAGGAGUUUAAAGGCAAAGGACUGACCUUCUCUAUAGGUGGUCAGAUCAGUUUUGAUGUGUUCCCAGAGGGCUGGGACAAGCGUUACUGUCUGGGCCUGGUAGAGAAAGACUCCUAUAAAACCAUACACUUCUUUGGAGACAAAACUAAACCUGGGGGAAACGACUAUGAGAUCUAUGCAGAUCCCAGAACCAUCGGACAUGAAGUCACCUGCCCUGAAGAUACACAACGUAUCUGUCAAGACCUGUUCUUCAACUGACACACAGCAGUAAUCAGAUGUCUGAAGUGCCAAAGAGACGUCCUGCCCUUCCAUGUGAUCGUUAGUUUUAUGGAAUUCAUCUGGGAGUUCCCUGAUGCAUACAACACCGCUGUGGUGACACCCCUGUUUAGUAAACGAAUGGUUUUGACCGCUGGGAACUAUGGAAAAUGAAGCUUCUUCCAACAGUGUCUUUCUGCACAUUAACUUUAUCCACUUCCUGGAACCAUGAAAAACUGCUAUUGGUUAAACUAUAUUGACAUUGUUUGGGGUUUUAGGCUGGGUUUCUGUGUAUCACUUUGUUGUAUCGGCUGUUGUAAAAAGGGCUUUAUAAAUAAAUCUGAUUGAAAACCCCUCCUAAAAUUAA